GCUGGUGAUAAAACACACACGUGGAUUGAAAAAAAAUAAACCGACGUUAUGGUUAUCAAUAUACAAAAUUUUCAUAGUAUAAUAUCCAAGUAAAAGUAACGAAAUUGAGUCUGAGUGUAUGAGUUCUUCGUCAAAAUAGAAAGACUCCUGAAAAAUCAUGGAUUGCGGUUCCGAUGAAAACAACUCAGAAUCAACAGUAGAUCACAAAGUAAAUGGGAACUUGGUUAGAAGUCAGUAUUACGAUGUAAUGGUGAAAGUGGACGCAGAUGUGUACUGUUUAGAUAAACUACAACUGGCCUGGAAAUCGGACUACUUUGAGAAAUUAUUUAUCGAGUGUUCUGACCAGAAAGAAUGUAGUUUGAUCGAGCUACCGGUGAUGGAUACAAAUACAUUCUCUGCCAUCGUAGAUAUAAUGUAUGGAAAGACACUGACGUGCUUUUUAAACCACGACAAUUACAUUACUUUGUUAAUGGCUAUGGAUUACCUGCAAAUGGAAAUAGAUCUGGAAACUUACGCAAGUUUCAUUGAAAAAAAUUCCUUCCUAGAUACCGAGAUAUUUAGACUAUACAACUUUGUUCGAGAGAAUCCAAAUUUGCAGUGCUUGUUACCGUCAGUUUUAAAAUAUUUAUCUGUUCAUUUGACGAAAAUACCAGUUGAUAAAGAUUUUUUAUCUUUACCGUUUGAGCACAUCAUUCAGAUAAUUUUGAGCGAAAAGGACUUCAAUUAUAAGAACAAUAUGCGUAAAAUUAGUAAAAUUUGCUCAGAAUGGAUUUGCUAUGAUUUGCAAAACAGACUUCCUCGUGCAGCAAAGCUUGUUAAUGCUACGAAAAGAAGAUUCAAGCAUCUAAAUGAAAUUAAGGAUGAAGAGCUCAACACGAUGUUAUUUAAUAUAGCCGGAAAAAUUAAUCUGGAAAUGAUGACAAAACUUUUCUACAAAUUUUUGGUUUCGGAUGGAAAAGUAAAUCCGGCUCACGAAAAGUUCCUGAAAGAUGAAAAAAACAUAGUUUCAAUCACUUCUAACAAGGAAAACGAACGAAGAAAGUUGACGAAGCUUUUAGAAAAUGGUCAUUUUCACGAUAUGGUGGUAAAUGUUGGAGAAAAAACUUACAAACUUCAUAGAUUUAUGUUGAAUCCAGCAUCGGGCUAUUUCGCUGAAAUUUCUUCCACCAAGCAGUCCAACUCAGACGCUCAAUGUGCAGAAACGCCAACCCAGAGCCAGCAACCGAACGUAAAUGAGUAUAUUGUGCUUCGUGAUGUUGAUCAAACAACGUUUGACAUGUUCAUCAAGUAUAUCUAUUUCGGUGACGAAUUGCCUUUGACAUGUGAAACCGUAACCCAUGUAUUGAGAGCUGCCAAUAUUUUGAAAAUGGAAAAAUUAUUUGAUAGAUGUUUAAGUUGGAUACGAAGGAAUAUUGAACAAUUUUGCGCCGAAGUUUUAAUGAUUGAUGAAUGCAUUUCUACGUCUUUGAUAGAGGACAAUAUAAAAAAAAUUUUUUCCAAAAUUUUAAUCGAGUCUGAAAUGGGCAACACGUUGCCAAUCUGUUCAGUUUCUUUCGAUAUGCUGGAGGAUUUACUUUUGUCAUCGUCGCACUGCUGUGAUAAUCCGCAUAAAAUUGUAGACAUAUGUACGAAAUGGGUUAUGCAUGAUGUAGAAAAUCGCUAUCCUCUGCUACCACAAAUCGCCCUUGCUAUUAAUCGCAGUCGCAAUUUUUAUGAAAUCGAUGUUUCUGCAGAUUUAAACAACUGCUCGGAAGAAUUGAUUCGUGAUGAAAUAUGGAAAAGCUUACGUUGUACUGCGUUGGUUCCUUCCGCUGAGAAACUAUCGGAAAACUGCGCGAAAAAAUUGCACGAGAUGCCUGUGUUUGUCGCGUUGACUGCGGAAACAUCAACAAUUCAUGUUUUGAACGCUAAUUUGGAACAAAUCCCUUCAUUGUGUCUUUCAAAUGGCAAUAGUUUCGUUCAUGUUGCUGCCACUAUGGUAGAUGAUAAUUUAUUUAUUGCGUCAUCUUCGGGUUACGGGCAUUUUGUAUUUUACGUACUAAAUCUAUCUUCGAAAAACUUUGUUUCUUUGAAUAGAUGUGUAGAUGUGAAAAAUUAUGAAAGUUGGUGCUCCAAGUUCUGGUUGUUGAAUUGUUGCGGCCAAGUAUACUGCUGCUUUCCACGAGGUCAUGUAUUAAAAUACUCGACCGAAUUGAACCGUUGGAUGAUAUUUUCGAAGAAGCCAGUACUGAGAUAUGAUGGUGAUGUACGGUUCGCAAGUGAUGGGGAUAAGUUGUACAGGUUGUAUGCCAAAGCAGUUUCUAAGGAACGGUACUCAUCUUCAAAAUUAAUGUAUGCUGUGGACGAAUUCAAUUUUCAACUAAAUGCGUGGUCGUCUUUGUCGGAUUUGUCAUUCACACGAGGGUCUUUCGAGGUAGAAGAUUUUACCAUCGUUGAUGAUGGUAAAUUUAUUGUGCUGUUGAGAUCAGGGUUCAUGUCAUUCGACCGAAGGCGAAAUCCAAGAGUGUGGCGUCAGUAUUCCUUUUCCCUGAGAAACAUUGUUCCUUAUGCGGAUUUCCUGAAAUGCUAUGUGUUGAUGCAAUGUGAAGGCAUCUUUAUUCUUGUAUUCGGCGACAAACUGUAUCAUUGGUCCCAAACAAAUGAAACCUGGGAGUUGAAAAAACAACUCCCGUCAAGAUUUGGAUCUGUUCCAUGCGAUGAUGCAGUAAAUCCUGGCCCCUAUAUGUGUAUUAGUGCUAUUCAUAAGAACAACGCUGUGACCGAUUAAUGUAAUGUGAUGCGUGUAACUUUGUGAUUAGGUUCCUGUUCACUUUUUUUUCUUAUUAACAAUAUUGUGAAAAGACUGUUGUAAAUAAUUAGGUUAUUAUCAUUUU